GUUCGGCAUUCGUUUGAAUAGCACACAAUCCAUUUGAUUUUUGAAUAGAAAAACACAGCAUUUUAUUAGAAAGAAAGCGCUGGCGAUGGAUGUGGAAUUCAGUGUGGAAAUGGGCGGCACUCGUCGAACGAUCCAGCGAACGUUGAUCAGUUGCUGCGAGCAACUGCUCGAGAUAGCCCUGAUUUUGACCUAUGAAAGUGGUCAAUUCUUGCGCCGUUUGUGGGGACGAAAACCCCUCGAGAAUCCGCAGAGUGGUCAAGAAGCAAGUGGUGAUGGUUGGAUGUUCGGGAAUCGUCAGUAUCGUAGUCAAAAUCCCAGGAUGUUUGUUCAAAAACCCGAAACAGCUUCCCAUGAAUCCUGGAAUUCGCGUGGCGAGGGUGAUUUCCUUCGGUGCGAGGAUAAAAUCGACCGUCCAGUUCCGCGACUUGUGAGCGUGGCCUGUGGUUUUGCCAAGGACCCAGCUGAAUAUCCGGAAUAUAAUCGUGGGAAAUUCGGUGAGGAUGCCUGGUUCAUGUCCUCCAAUUCGCAGUCCUACACAAUGGGCGUGGCCGACGGCGUGGGCGGUUGGCGAAAUUAUGGCAUUGACCCCGGUGAAUUCAGCAUGUUCCUCAUGCGAUCCUGUGAACGAUUUUCGCAGGCCAAGGAUUAUGUGCCGGAAAGACCGGACUUACUAAUUGGACAAGGCUUUUGUGAACUCCUGGAGCAAAAUAGGCGCAUUGUGGGCAGCUGUACCGCCUGUAUUUUGUCUCUAAAUAGAGCGAAUAGCACUCUGUAUACCGCAAAUAUCGGAGACAGUGGUUUUAUGGUGGUGCGAUCUGGUGCGGUGGUGUGUAGAUCCCUGGAACAGCAGCACCACUUCAAUACCCCCUAUCAAUUGUCUUCUGCACCGCCGGGUCAUGAGGAUAAUGUUCUAUCCGAUGGUCCCGAAACGGCGGAUUGUAUCAAAUUUCCUGUCGAACUGGGCGACGUAAUCCUGCUGGCCACCGAUGGGGUGUACGAUAAUGUCCCCGAAAGCUUUCUCGUCGAGGUUUUAACGGAAAUGUCAGGCAUUUCGGACCCAGUGCGUCUUCAAAUGGCCGCCAAUACGGUGGCCCUGAUGGCCCGAACUUUGAGCUACAAUCCGAAUCACGAUUCUCCGUUUAGCCAGAAUGCCCGAAAACUCAACCUCGAGGCGUCGGGUGGAAAACCAGAUGAUGUUACGGUUCUUUUGGCCUCGGUUGUCUAGUGUCUGACCAACUGGAGAAUCGGAAAUGGCAUAGAAGAUUCAGGAAGACGGGGCUUGGCUACAAAGCUUUUGUAGAAUCAAAGAGAUGAGUGAAAGAACUGUUGGUCCCUUGCAGAAUUUACUAACAAAUGGGAAAGAGCAUUUGUUAGUAUCAGCUGUUUUGGAAAAGCUGGCCUUAAAAAAACCAGAGAAUAUUCACUGGCAACAGUUCUUCUCUUAUCCCUUGAUGCUACACCUUUUCUUCUCGUACGUCAACCGAACCACUUUUUUCAUCACUCCUCAUUUUUAACAUUCUGUUCAAAACAAUGCCAUGUAGAAAACAAAAAUAUUUCC